AUGCCGUCGGCCACCCCGGCUGACGUGCAGUCUAUUCCCAAGCUGUCAGCUGCCCCGCCUCUGAAGUCUGCUCCCCGAGCAGCAGCCAGGCCGCCUCCAAAGCCUGCUCCCCGAGCGGCUGCCGGCUCCUCCGAAGCCUGGACCCCAGGCGGCCGUCAUGCCACCUCUGAAGUCUGGUUCCCGAGCGGCCGUCCCGCCGCCUUCAAAGUCUGUUCCUUAGCGGCCGUCCCGCCGCCUCCGAAGUCUGUUCCCCGAUCGGCCGUCCCGCCGCUUCUGAAGUCUGUUCCCCAAGCAGCCGUCACGCCACCUCAGUACCUUCCUGCGUCGCCGGCCUCUAGAGCGGCGGUCCUGUCGGCGUCGCCGGCCUCCGGGUCUUCCAUCUGCCCGUUCGCCGGAGCUGCUCUGCCCUUCGAUCCUGCAUCCUGGUCGCCCUGCAGAUCAGUUCCAUCCAUUGGUCCAACCCUCAGGCCAUCCACUUGA